AUGUGGGAGGCCGAGUCCUGGCUUGGGGCGCCGAACCUCCUGGACCGUCGCGCGCCCGAUGCCACCAGGCCCUACCAUUGUCCUUCGUAUAAGCUUCCGGCCUAUGGCACCAUAGAAAUCUCUCCUGGCAACACCAUCACCCUCGACGAAAACGCCCUCUUCCGCCCACUAUGCACAAACACGGCCGGCAACCCCAUCGACGACGGCACCGGCGAUCUCACGAGCGUCGCCGACAUGCGCGACCCUUUCCACGCCUCCAUCACUCCACAGGCCUAUGCGACGGGCGCGGCGACGGUUAUUGCCUGGAUGCUCGUCAUUAUGCUCAUCAUCACGCCACGCACCUUCUUCGUCGGCAACGCUUCGGGACGGUCGGGCCUCAUGGGACGGCGCGGAAUGAUUAGCGGGGCAGGAGGAGGAGGAUCCAUCAUCGGAGUCGGAACCCGUCCAUGGCUACAAAAGGUGGCCGCCCUUACCGUUGCCAUAUCGCUCACCCUCGCCACCGCCGACACUUUCAGGAUAGCCGAACGCCAGUAUGACGAGGGUUUCAUCGACGCCAUGGAGCUGCGCGACCAGGUUGUGGCCGGCAUGGAAAUCAAGGUUUCGCGCGUCGUGUCCGACAUCUUCCUCUGGCUCGCCCAGGUGCAGACUCUGAUACGCCUGUUUCCCCGCCACAAAGAAAAGGUCAUCAUCAAAUGGGUCGGUUUUGCCCUCAUCCUGCUCGACAUCGCCUUUAGUUCGCUCAACAGCUUUGGUCCCUACGAAAACAGCCGACGCCCCGCACAUUUCGACACUGCUAUCCCCGCACUCAGCUACCUAUUCCAGCUAUCAUUGAGCAUGCUUUACGCCGCCUGGGUCAUGUACUACGCCGUCACCAAGAGACGAUACGCCUUCUACCACUCCAUGAUGUGGAACAUGAGCGUCGUCGCCCUCUUGUCCAUCAUCGCCAUUCUCACCCCCGUUGUUUUCUUCAUUACCGAUAUCGCCAACUACACCAUUGCCGGCUGGGGUGACUACUUCCGCUGGGUCGGAGCUGCCGCUGCUAGCGUCAUUGUAUGGGAAUGGGUGGAGAGGAUUGAAGCACUAGAAAGAGAAGAGAGAAAAGAUGGAAUUCUGGGGAGGGAAAUCUACGACGGAGACGACAUGCUGGACGACAAGCCCCAGGAAUCAAAAUGGCCCUCGAAACGAAAGGGCCCGCAAUCAGGGAGAGACGAGAAGAGGAGUGGGGGAGGACAUGGCGGUUUUGGCGCAUUCACGUCUGCCCAUGCCGACCGAUUCAACGAGCUUGCCCAUCGACUUGGGCGUAAAAUGACCGAAUCUCCGCGAGCAGAAGCACGAAAAAGACGCAGCAUCCAUAUCCCCGCACCCCCUCCAGCAGUGCGACGAUCCAUGGCUGCAACUAAUGGGAAUCGCGACUCACGUUCCUACGUACGCGUACAAACCCCACCUCCAGUGCCUGUCAUCUCGUCACCCGUUAGCCGGACAGACACAACAAGCGCUGACUCGACUGUAUAUACGGUACGCUACCACCCAAUCAGCGAAACACCACGACCUGAAGAGGUCGAAAAUCGUCAAGCACAAGCACAAACACAGCACACAUCCCAGGAACCACCAGGCCGACCAGCGGAUGCCGAGGACCCAGAGAAGGGCGGCGAGCUAGAACCUGUUAGCAACAGGAAGCAAUGGCAGUGGCAAGCACUGGGAAACCCCUUUCGAAGAAAAGGACGGACACCACCACAAGAGCUCCAAAGGGGACAAGUGAUCGAGCCGCUAAAAGUUGAAGAUGUUGCGGCGAAUAUACCGCCCCGCAACUAUAAUGGACUGGCACUAUCUGAUCGACUCGGCACCUUUGCCGCACAGCAAGGAGAGAAGCUAAGAUCGAGAAAGAAGUUGGGCACUCAGCUCGAAACCAACCUGCCCGUCACAAUCAUCCCUGCGCAACCUCGCGGCCAAACAUGGUCGCCGGACAUUAUCCGUCAACAACAAAAAGAGCAGCAAGAUGAUUCUUCUAGGGCGGGUACCCAAGUUGCGAGUGAGGAGGAACGAGUAGGAGCAUCUCCUGCGCAAUCUCACGGGGCCACGAAUUCGAGCGAGGCUGUGAACCUUUCUGCUUCAUCCGGUUCGCCACGUACGCCUCGAAUUCGUUUCUCCCCAGCGGUGCCCAACGAGCGAGAGCAGGCUAGCCCUGGAGUGCUCGGUGCAGAGACUACUUCUACAAUGGAUUUCAGCAUCCCCCACCAGCACUCUCGAAGUGACCACAACAAGUAG